UUGCAUACCAAAUAAAUAGGAACAUAGGACGGAGCCGUAUCUAGGAGUUGUGUUGUACAACAUAAACAAACGAAGACACGUCUGUAAAGACCUGAAAUUCUUUCUACAGCACUAUCUUAGAUUUUUGUGUACUCUCUGGACAAAGACUACCAACAAUGGCUGCUGAAGUGGAAGAAACUCUCAAAAGGAUUCAGUCGCACAAGGGCGUAUUCGGCACAAUUGUGGUGAACUCCGAAGGUAUUCCUAUUAAGACUACCAUGGACAACACAUCAACUGUUCAGUAUGCUGGUCUUGUGAGUCAGUUGGCCGAUAAGGCGAGAAGCGUCGUUCGAGAUUUGGAUCCAACAAAUGACCUUACAUUCCUAAGAGUCAGGACUAAGAAGCAUGAAAUCAUGUUAGCCCCUGAUAAGGAUUACAUCUUGAUUGUCAUUCAGAACCCAUCUGACUGAAGAAAACUGCUGAAUUUCAACAAGAUUCACAACAGCUGCUGUCUGUUCAGACCUAUUUUCUUGGUGCCGUAAGAAUUGCGCACAGCUCAACAAACACCUAAAUUUUCAUUGUCGAAUUGAUUGUUUCACUUUUAUUACAACAAGGAAAAUCAUGUUUGGUUGUUACCGGGCUAUGCGCGAUUUUUAUUGCACCAAGACGCUAUAAUAUUAUUUAUACUUCACUAGAUAGUUUAUUCGUUUUCAAUAUAAAUCAUUACUAAUUUCUGAAUUAUAGUAUUUGGCUGAAAGUUUCAUUCUCUUACAUGUAACAUUAUUGAUAUUAUCCUUUGUAUUAUGAAAUUUCUUCAAUCAAAUAAUAAAAUAUUUAAGUAAUUACAUUAA